UUCGUGUGCCUGGUCUGUACGCGAGCGUUUGCUCGCCAGGAACAUUUGAAGCGUCACGAACGAUCACACACGCGGGAAAAGCCGUUUGACUGCGGGAUCUGCUCCCGUAAGUUCUCACGCCGUGACUUACUCCUUCGCCACGCCCAGAAGUUGCACGCAGGC